AUGAUCUCUAGACGCGACAAAUUGCUGCAGCAGCCUUGGGAGCAGCUGCGCUAUGCACAGCAUCGCGAGAAAGUGAUGUCCGCACGGCCAGCAAUUGAUACCAAGUUGCCGCGCCAGCACGAUCAUGUGCAGCGCAAGUGGAAGAAGCAGCAGAACGAACGGGAGCGCCAGCAGCAAAUCGAACGCGAAAAUCUGCGUCUGCUGCAGAAGCUGGGCGACAUCAUGCGCAGCAAGCGCAUGGACAAUUUAUGGCUGGAACCGAGGCCCAAUUUUUUGAACCGGGAGAAGAUGUUUCAGACGCGUCCUUACUCCAGCCUGCCACAGAUUGUGACCAUUUACGGCGCUCAACCUCCCGGGCCACUGCUCUAUGGCAUGAUGUCCAAGCCAACUGUUGUGGGCCGCUGUCCCACCUGCAAUGGUAAUCCCGAGCGCACACAGUGGGCGCCCUCACGCAAAUCCUCGAGCCGCAGGCCACAGCAGCAGCCGGAGCUGCAACAGCGCUGCUAUCAAUGCGGCGGCAUCAGGAGCAUGGAUCAAAAUCUCUUCGACGACUACUCUUUUGAUUAUGAAUAA